GGUGGCAGUCGUCGGUCUUCCAGCUGGUGGGAGUUGGCGUCGCGGAGCUGGGCGCUGGGACCCUAGUUUAUGUAGUCUGGAAAGUCGGGCUGUGGGGUUGUAGCUGUCUGUCUGAUCCCCGCUUUCCUUGGUUUCCUCCCACGGCCUGGGGCCUCGCGAAGAAAUCCCCGGCCCCUUUGGGCCACGGCGGUAGCGGUGCCUUUUUCGGUGAGGAAAGUGAGGCUCAGAGAGAUUAAGUAACUUGCCCAAAGUAACAGCCAGUAUGUUACAGAGCUGGGAUUGGAAUCCAAGUCUGUGAGACUCCAAAGCCCAUGCUCUUUCCAGUACUUCACACUGCAGCAGAUUUUCCUGUAAUCACAUCCUAAAGCCUUCAAAAUGGUACUAGCAGACCUUGGAAGAAAAAUAACAUCAGCAUUACGCUCAUUGAGCAAUGCCACCAUUAUCAAUGAAGAGGUAUUAAAUGCUAUGCUAAAAGAAGUAUGUACAGCGUUAUUGGAAGCAGAUGUUAAUAUUAAACUAGUGAAGCAACUAAGAGAAAAUGUAAAGUCUGCUAUUGAUCUUGAAGAGAUGGCAUCUGGUCUUAACAAAAGAAAGAUGAUUCAGCAUGCUGUGUUUAAAGAACUUGUGAAGCUUGUGGACCCUGGAGUUAAAGCAUGGACACCCACUAAAGGAAAACAGAACGUGAUCAUGUUUGUUGGAUUGCAAGGGAGUGGUAAAACAACAACAUGUUCAAAGUUGGCAUAUUAUUACCAGAGGAAAGGUUGGAAGACGUGUUUGAUAUGUGCAGACACAUUCAGAGCUGGGGCUUUUGACCAACUAAAACAGAAUGCUACCAAAGCAAGAAUUCCAUUCUAUGGAAGCUAUACAGAAAUGGAUCCUGUUAUCAUUGCCUCGGAAGGAGUGGAGAAAUUCAAAAAUGAAAAUUUUGAAAUUAUUAUUGUUGAUACAAGUGGCCGCCAUAAACAAGAAGACUCUCUAUUUGAAGAAAUGCUUCAAGUUGCUAAUGCUAUACAACCUGAUAACAUUGUUUAUGUGAUGGAUGCCUCCAUUGGGCAAGCUUGUGAAGCUCAAGCUAAGGCUUUUAAAGAUAAAGUAGAUGUAGCUUCAGUAAUAGUGACAAAACUUGAUGGCCAUGCGAAAGGAGGUGGUGCCCUCAGUGCAGUUGCUGCCACAAAAAGUCCAAUUAUUUUCAUUGGUACUGGGGAACAUAUAGAUGACUUUGAGCCUUUUAAAACACAGCCUUUCAUCAGCAAACUUCUUGGUAUGGGUGACAUUGAAGGACUGAUAGAUAAAGUCAAUGAGCUGAAGUUGGAUGACAAUGAAGCACUUAUAGAGAAGUUGAAACAUGGUCAGUUUACGUUGCGAGACAUGUAUGAACAAUUUCAAAAUAUCAUGAAAAUGGGCCCCUUCAGUCAGAUCUUGGGGAUGAUCCCUGGUUUUGGAACAGAUUUCAUGAGCAAAGGAAAUGAACAGGAGUCAAUGGCAAGGUUAAAGAAAUUAAUGACGAUAAUGGAUAGUAUGAACGAUCAAGAACUUGACAGUACCGAUGGUGCCAAGGUUUUUAGUAAGCAACCAGGAAGAAUCCAAAGAGUAGCAAGAGGAUCAGGUGUGUCAACAAGAGAUGUUCAAGAACUUUUGACACAAUAUACCAAGUUUGCACAGAUGGUAAAAAAGAUGGGAGGUAUAAAAGGACUUUUCAAAGGAGGUGACAUGUCUAAGAAUGUGAGCCAGUCGCAGAUGGCAAAAUUGAAUCAACAAAUGGCCAAAAUGAUGGAUCCAAGAGUUCUUCAUCACAUGGGUGGUAUGGCGGGACUUCAGUCAAUGAUGAGGCAGUUUCAGCAGGGUGCUGCUGGCAAUAUGAAAGGCAUGAUGGGAUUCAAUAAUAUGUAAAGAAGAUGCCUUAAUAUAAACAGACUCAGUUGAUAAAAUUAUUUGCUGAGACCUCAGAGUUUCCCUUCUUUUUGCAAAUGGGGAAAAAAAGUAUUUUUCUGGCCUGUCUUGCCCUUUUUCUUUCUCUUCUUGUCUUUUUUCCCCAUCCUUUUCAUUUUCUUCCUUCCUUCCUUCCCUCCCUCCCUCUGAUGGGGGGGGGGCAUACAUGGUUUUGGUGGAAAUCAUUAUAUUUUUGCCUUAGAUUUUCUUCUGUUAGUUUUCACUAUCAUAACACUUCUUAAGUUAAACAAAUCAUGAUGUAAAAUUUUAGUACUUAAAAGUUUUUAAUUGUCUCAGAGGCCAAGCAUUACAUUUGUAAACAGUCCUGGUCAGUAGUUAACAUGAUGUCUCAAUAAAAAGUGCUGUAAAAUAAACUUCAAAGUCAUUAUAAGUUGA